AUGGCACAACUCUCCACUGAUGCCCUGGCUCAUGCCUCGGCAGUCAUUGGCACAAGUGACCAAAAGCCCACAGCCUGGCACGGGGCUGGAGCUGCCGAGUUCGACCUCCGAAGCGAUACAAUGACUAAACCUACUCCGUCGAUGCUCGAAGCGAUCUGCCAAACAACUCUUCUGGAUGAUGUUUUCAACGAAGAUCCAGUCACAAAUGAGCUUCAAAGUUAUGUCGCUGAGAUCACCAAACACGAGGAAAGUCUACUAGUACUUUCCGGUACAAUGGGAAACCAGGUGGCCAUUCGUUCGCAUCUAGUUCAGCCACCACAUUCAGUUUUGUGCGAUCAUAGAUCACACAUCGUCUGUUAUGAAGCUGGUGGUGUGAGCGCUUGGACUGGUGCCACUUUGAGCCCUAUUAUUCCCAAAAAUGGGAUCUAUUUGACUUUGGAAGAUAUCAAAAAGCACGCAGUUCUUGGGGAUAACAUUCAUUAUUGCCCAACCAAAUUGAUCAGUCUGGAGAAUACCCUCGAUGGAAUGAUAAUGCCGCUCAACGAGGCAAAACUAAUUGUGCAAUGGGCCCAUGCUAAUGGCAUCAAGGUUCACUUAGACGGCGCCCGGCUGUGGGAGGCUGUCGUGGCUGGUGCUGCGAGCUUGCCUGAAUUUACAAGCCUCUUUGAUAGCGUAAGUCUAUGCUUCUCGAAGGGGUUAGGGGCACCCAUUGGAAGUAUCAUUGUUGGCUCUCAAGAGUUUGUCAAGAAAGCGCGCUGGUUCCGCAAAUCGAUCGGCGGCGGUGCCCGACAGACGGGCGUGAUUGCAGCAGCCGCCCGCGUUGCGCUCACUGAAACUUUUGGAACAGACCCGAAAGGCCAGACUGGAAAGCUUGCAGCAACGCACAACAAGGCCAAGCGGGUAGCCGAUCUAUGGACCAGUCGCGGUGGCAGGCUGGAGUACCCCGUACACACCAAUAUGGUUUGGUUGGACCUCGAGGCAUCAGGAGUGGGGCCAAAUGACCUGGCAGAAAUUGGACAGCAAAAAGGGCUAAGAUUGAUGGGUGGCCGCAUUGUGGUUCAUUACCAGGUAUCGGACGAAGCCCUUGCACGGCUGGAACAAGUGUUCGACUCUGCAUUGAAGGGUGAUUUCAAACGCAGUGAGGACACUAGCAAGCCGUACGGGAGUAAAUAG